GGACAAAAAAAUGUGAAAUUGGUAUGCUGUUAUCGCUCAAAUCAGUGAUGAGUAGAGUGGCCAUCAUAAUCCCUUAUCCAUUAUCACUGCCUUAAACUUCGAUGAAAUUGCGGAGAUUGAGAAGUGAAGAGCAAUGGCUUCAGUAGCUUCAUCUUCAUCCUUUUCCACAAGGCAUCUUCUGUGUUCCCCAACACCUCUGUUAGGCAGAAGAAGAUGCAGACCCAAUUUUCUGAGGAUGCUCACUCGUUCCUGUCUCGAUGACAGUUCUGCUCUCCUUCAAGCAGCGGAAUACACUGUGAAUACAUACGUAAAAAGUGGCAUGGUUGUAGGAUUGGGGUCUGGUCAUGCUUCUGGUAUGGCCAUUCAGCAUUUGGGUCGCCAGCUUCGUACUGGUAAUUUGAAGGAUAUAGUUGGGAUUCCCAUGUCUGUUGCAAGUGCAAGUGAAGCAGCAAAGGCUGGGAUUCCAUUGGAUACCUACCAAGAAAGUUCUAAAAUUGAUUUUGCAUUUGAUGAUGCUGAUGUUAUAGAAGAAGGAACACUUGUUGCUAUCAUUGGGCGCCGGAAAUUGCAAAGUGGGGAAUCUAUAAUCCAGGAGAAAUCUAUAAUAAAUGCCUCCAAUAAAUUUGUGUUCAUUAUUGAAGAAAACCAGUACAAAGGUGGUCUGGAAGGUUCUAUUCCAGUUUUAAUUCAGUCUCUCAACUGGAUGGCAACUGCUGAAGAGAUUGAUGACAUGUUUUUGGGUGAUGCUGAGGUCUGGAGAAGACCAACGAUGGGGCAAGCAGGUCCGUUAGGAGGUGACUUUCCAGUAGUCACCAGGGAAGGGCACAACAUUCUUGAUGUUAUCUUUACAUCUCCAAUAGAAAACCUUGCUGAAGUAGCAAAAAGCCUUGGUAAAGUUGAUGGUGUUGUGGACCAUGGUGUUGUAUCUAAAAUUCCAUGCACAGUGGUAAUUGCUUCUCAGAAUGGGCUGAACAUUUUGGACAAAUUGACAGCAGAUAUAGUGGGUUAGAUACAGUACUAAUAACCCUGUUUCUUACCUUCCUCUCUUUUUCAUCUCGCCACAAAUAUUUAUCAUGCAAGAAGAUUAAUGAGUUGUUAUGAUUAUAUCACUAACUAUCAAAGGAAGCUGAGGGUUACAUGUGCUGUAUUAUAUAUGCAUGAAAUUGUUGUUUUGGUUUGUAUUUUCCAUUCCCAAAUGGUUCCAUAGAUGAGGCUGGAGAGAUUAUUAACUAGUCUCCAGUCACAACAUAAGUUGUUAUUCCAAUCGAUAUUGUUUUUUGACAUA